AUGAGACCACCUUUUGAAGAUGAAACAUCAAAAGAAAAGAAUGUUUCGAGAAAGUGUGAUGUGACGUAUGUAGAUAAUAGUUUACAGCAUCAUAAAAAGCAAUUGGAUACAUUACAGGAGGAUCGUUUGUGCCAUUUGAGCAAUCGGAUAUGUAGUAAUGCAGAAUUGCAGCGAUUUGGAAAGCAACAUCCAACACCAUCGUUUGCUCCUAUAUCAUUGCCACCUUCACCGCCCCCAUCCUCAUACAACAUUGCUGUACCGGCCAUGACAUCCUGUGAUCUGCCAUCAGCAUUGUUACCACAUCCCGCAAAGUUUGCUAUUCAACCAAUGUGGUCAACGGCCGCUAUGGCUGCCGCUCACAUUCAGGCGGCCUUUGCAGCUGUGUCUGUGGCUGUCAAUAGUGACCCAACCAAUAGUAGUGACAUUUGUGGUAAACUGCCGAAGGUUGAAUCAGUUUUAGCAGACAAUGGCGGGACGUUGGUUCAGGAAUCGCCUCGAUUAGGAGAUGUAGACGUAAUUCCUUGCAUCGAUCCUGAUUUGAAGCUCAGUGAUGUCAUUACAAAAGCUGCUGCAUUGUCGCCCACACACAUGCGCAACGUUAUAAGCAAUAGUCGAUUGGUUGUGCCACCUCCGGCCCCUGCGUUGCUGUUGGCUGACAACCCAACAAUCCCCUUAGCUACGGAAACUGAGUCUGGUGUGGACGAUGAUCUUGACGAUUGUUCAGAUACAAUCGAGAAUGAGGACUCUAAGACAGGGCCUCAGCAAAAUUUAAAAGUAAUUACAAACGAAGCAAAGACUUACAAUAGCGACGGUACGGAUGUGCCUUUGAAUUUAUCGAAACCCCGAUCAUCUGCGGGUUCUCAGCAUCUACAGCAGCCACCACAACAAGAGAGCGGUAGUCUUACCCCUGUUUCGCUGGAGAAUGUAUCAUGCAAUUGGCAAUCUAUGUCUAGCGAGGACACUAAACUUUUAAUAUGUCGCCUGUGGAACAUACCUCCAAUUGAUGAAGUGGAAUCUGUCGGCCCGAUAGUGCCGGCAGCUCCAAUAGUACCGGUGCCCCCGAUUGUUCCCAUGGCUACCAGCGAUACUGAAAACACGUCUAUGCCACAACCAAUGUCCAGUAGGGGUGGCAAGCUAAAGACCUACCCAUGUUCUGCCAAAAAACCAGUUCUGGAGCAAUUGAAUGCAUUGCAAAACGAAAAACAUGAGGUUGAAAAUCAGCAUUCUAUUUCCUUCUUAGCCAAAGAAGGUCGUUCCAAUGCACGUGAAGGACAUAGUUAUGGCCACACCUAUCAUAAGCCACACAUCAAACGACCGAUGAAUGCAUUCAUGGUGUGGGCCAAAGACGAACGCCGAAAGAUUCUAAAGGCUUGUCCCGACAUGCACAACUCAAACAUUUCAAAAAUAUUGGGCGCUCGAUGGAAGGCUAUGUCCAACAUUGACAAACACCCAUAUUACGAGGAACAAUCACGCCUUUCCAAAUUACAUAUGGAGAAACAUCCGGACUAUCGGUACCGACCCAGGCCAAAGCGCACUUGCAUUGUCGAUGGUAAGAAAAUGAGGAUUUCUGAAUAUAAGACACUUAUGCGAACUAAAAGGGCCGAGAUGCGUGAAAUUUGGUAUAGGGAUGCAGGACCAGGAGUCAGUGUAACACCCCCAGCCGACAGAAGAUUCUGUCACUUGUCACACUGCGACGAUGAUGAUUUCCAGGCAUCUAUGAUGGCAGUCGGUGGCAAACCAAAGGACAUGACAAAAUAUGAGAAAUCAUCUGCUGGCAAUAUUGCCGAUUGCAGUUCGAAUGUUUUGGACUGUCCCAAUAAUCCCAAUGAUAACGACGUUAAUGCCGACUACCAAUCAAAGUCUCUAAAUCAUCCCGGACUAUCCAAUGAUGACAAUAAUAUCAGUAUGCAUUCACGCGAUGAUGACUGA